CUGUUUGGAGACUGCACGCACGAAGUGACUUACUGUUUAAGAAUGACACAAAACAAAAAUGACUCAGUAAAUCACUCUGGUGAGGUGCCUCCCCCUCUUCUGUCUGAAGAUCCGUUCAUUUCUAAACUGUCCUGGGAAGCUGAUGUGAUUGCUGCGUUUUAUUUAAUUGUCAUAGGAUUUGUAUCAAUUUUUGGAAAUGGUUAUGUGAUUUAUAUGGCAAUCAAACAGAAGAAUAAGCUAAAACCUGCUGAACUGAUGACAGUAAAUCUAGCGAUUUUUGAUUUUGGCAUGGCAGUCGGAGGAAAACCAUUCCUGAUCACCUCUUGUUUUUCUCAUCGAUGGAUCUUUGGUUGGAUUGGCUGCCGUUGGCAUGGGUGGUCAGGGUUUUUCUUCGGAUGUGGCAGUCUAAUUACAAUAACUGUUGUAAGUCUGGACAGAUAUCUAAAAAUUUGUCAUUUACGGUAUGGUGUUUGGUUUCAGAGACGUCAUGCCUUCAUGUGUUUGGGUUUCAUCUGGCUUUAUGCCAUAUUUUGGGCCACUAUACCCCUUGUUGGAUGGGGAGAAUAUGUCCCUGAGCCUUUCGGUACAUCAUGCACUCUGAACUGGUGGCUCGCACAGGCCUCUGUGAAUGGACAGGUCUUCAUACUGAGCAUACUGUUUUUCUGUCUCGUGCUUCCAACAGCUAUAAUAGUAUUUUCCUAUGUAAAGAUCAUAAGCAAAGUGAAAUCAUCUGCCAAAGAGGUUGCACAUUUUGAUUCAAGAGUUCAAGGAAACCACUUACUGGAAAUUAAACUUACCAAGAUAGCAAUGUUAAUAUGCGCAGGAUUCUUGAUUGCUUGGAUUCCGUAUGCAGUUGUUUCAAUCUGGUCAGCGUUUGGAUCUCCUGACUCCGUGCCAAUAAAAGUUUCUUUGGUACCAACUUUAUUUGCAAAGUCAGCAGCAAUGUAUAAUCCCAUCAUAUAUCAAGUCAUUGGCUGUAGAUGUAGCUACGAGAGAAUCUGCGGCUGCCUCCGAUCGUCACAUCCAAAGACAUCAGACAGGAAUACAUGGUAA